UCCUGUGGCUCCGAUAUGAGUUCAUCAAAGAAGAGGAAACUUAACUGGUCGGAGCUUUGUCCGGACGUGCUGCGAUUUGUCUUGGAACGAUUGAGUUUCACAGAUGUAAAUCGAGCUAAAUCAGUUUGUUUGGCGUGGCACUUAGCUUCGAGAGGCUGCGUCCCUAAACCAAAUCAGAUCCCAUGGCUGAUUCUCUUCCCUCACAAAGAGGAAGCCAACAACGACAGUAGCUGCGUGUUGUUCGUUCCAGAGGACAGAGACAAAGUUUACAAAACCAGAGAUCUCGGUGUUGACUUUGUGCGGAGUUGUUGUCUUGCUACUCACGGUAGCUGGCUCCUGAUGAUGGACAUUCAUUGGAAUCUCAACAUUCUGAAUCCUUUAACCGGUGAGAGGAUUGAUUUACCACUUGCAGGAAGAAAAAAAACUCCACCACCUCAAGAUGCUUGUUAUUUUGAUAAUGGACCACCCAAAGUUUGCCCAAGCCUAGCUUGUCUCUGGAUAGACGAUAGAAGCAAAUAUUACGUAGUUGCGUGGAACGAGAAGGUUACCAAGACAGGGAGUAACACUUGGCGAUGGCUUCCAUGUUCUCGUCUCAUGUCGGGAUGGGACAGAGAAGGAUCACAACUGGUCUACGAACACAGAGCUCAAAAGCUCUACUUCCAUAGUGUCGGUGAUGCUGUCAAGGUUUGGUGUUUAUCUGGUGAUGAUCCAAAACAGGUUUCUGAGGAUUAUGCUCCAAUCAAUUAUGAAUUUUGGGGAUUCCUCCCUGAUAGAAGCAAAGACGAGAAGUUGUAUCUGAAAGAAGAAGAGCGAUAUGUGAAAGGGUAUGUUGACAGCAGACUAACCAUCGCAGUGAGUAGAGUAUCUGGACGGGUUUUGAAGGUAGCCAUUGCGGAGCAAAAGUCCAAAAGGUGGUUCUUUCGCGUCUACGAGAUGCACCCUACAGAGCUUGCGUGGCAAGUAAUCGAUUCUUUGGGUGAUGAGGCCUUGAUCUUAGACAUGGGUAUCACAGUUGUAGCCAAAGACAUCCCAGGGAUCAAGAGGAACUCAAUCUAUUUCAGUGGUUUCGGUUAUAGGAGAAAGAACCCGGACCAUUUAUUUGUCUUUGAUCUCACCACCCACAAGGUUGAACCUUUGCCACAAUGCGUUUUCUCCUCCAUUCCUUUCACUGAUGCUCGAUGGUUCUUCCCGGGUUUCACCGCUUCAUUAACGAGAGUGAAACUUGGUGCAAUGGGGCAGAGCAAAAAGAAAGCUCAUCGGCGGAGACGAGAAGAAGAAGGAAUUCCGGGGAGUUCAUCAAACUGGUCGGAGCUUUGUCCGGAUUUGGUGCGAUGUGUUUUCAAACGACUGAGUUUCACCGCUCUGAAUCGGGCAAAAUCGGUUUGUUCUUCGUGGCACACUGCUUCCAGAGGCUGCAUCCCUAAACGGAAUCAGAUCCCAUGGCUGAUUCUCUUCCCUCGCAAAGAUUGCGUGUGGUUCGUCGUCCCAGAGGACAAAGACAAAGUCUACAGAACCAGAGAUCUCGGUUCUGACUUUGCAGAGAGUCUUUGUCUGAUGACUUGUGGUAGCUGGCUCUUGAUGUCCAACCCUAUGAAGGAUCUCUACAUGAUCAACCCUCUAACGGGUGAGAGGAUCGAUCUACCUGAUACUCCGAAACAUGGAGCAGACUUGAUAUUCGAGCAAGCUUGUUUUUGGAUAGACAACGAAACCAAAGAUUACAUAGUUCUGUUGGAGGUGUCCUUUUCUUAUAGUAUAUUUACCAAGAAAGGGGAUGAGAACAAGUGGCACGAGUUUCCCCUCUUGAAAUGGGACAUGAUUUUGUCUUCAGUCACAAGGAUCAAAAGCUCUACUUCUAUCAUCCUAAUAACCCUGUCAAGAUUUCGGAUUUCUCAGGGGAUAAUCCACGCCAAGAGGAUGGGUGAAGGUCGCGAGUUGUAUUGGCAAAAGUUACUUUACUCGAGCACACGCAUUGCAGUCACACUAUCUGGAGAUGUUUUGAUUGUAGCAUGCAUACUGUUUAGCUGCAAAACAUGGCAUUUUCGCAUCUACAAGACAAACCACAUGACCCGCGAGUGGGUUAAAAUCACUUCUUUGGGCAAUGAGGCCUUGAUCUACGACAUGGGUAUCACUGUUUCCGCCAAAAACAUCCCAGGGAUCAAAAGAAACUCAAUCUACUUCAGUGGCCUCGAUCAUGGCACAGAUGAUCCAGAUCAUAUAUUUGUCUAUGAUCUCUCCACCCAAAAGAUGCAAACUCUGCCACAACGAGUCUUCUCCUCCAUACAUUUCUCUGAUGCUCGAUGGUUCUUCCCUUGCUAG